ACCAAGACUUGCUUCUCUAUCCGCUCUCCCCUCUUCAAUCGUCGAGGCAAGUGCUUGACAUCUCAUAGCGGCAGGUCUGCAUGCGAUCGUAGUCUCUCCAGAAGGAACAAAGUGUCAGCGGAGAAAUCGCCUUGCCGGGCAAGUGAUGACCAAGUGGGGGGCUCCGAGGGGCCUGCGUGGGGCCCGCGUGGGGGGCUCCACAUCAAGAAUCUCUCCAAGCGAAACAAUUUAGCGAAUCCCCCUCCCACUGCGUCUACGGAUAAGUUUGCCGCCCUCGUCUGUGCACCUAGCACAAGAAUUCUUCUUGGCCAAGGGGCUCGCACACGACGAUAUAAAGUAGCAGUCGCCGCGAUCAAUGCUCACUCCUCGUCAAUCUUUAGCCAACAUGCUUCCCCUCUCCCUGCUCGCCACUAUCCUGGCUCUUGCCUCACUCGCGCAUGGCGGGAGUAAUGGAUUGGGACAGACACCGCAGAUGGGAUGGUCCACUUGGAAUGCCUACGGCUGUGAAAUCGACGCAGACAUCAUCAUCGAGAGCGCAAAGCAGCUCGCCGACCAGAUGAAGCCGUUUGGCUACGAAUAUCUCAACAUUGACGACUGCUGGCAAGCCGCGGAGCGCAAUGCACAAGGCGUCCUCGAGGCGAACAAGACGAGGUUCCCGGAUGGUCUAAAGGCCGUUGUUGACCAGAUCCACGACUUGGGACUCAAAGCCGGUAUCUACUCCUCCGCUGGAACCAUGACGUGCGGCCGCAAGAUCGGCUCGCUUGAUCACGAGGAGACUGACGCCCAGAGCUGGGCUGACGCCGGGUUCGACUAUCUGAAGUACGACAACUGCUUCGCGCAAGGACGUUCGGGAACGCCGCAGUUCUCCUACGACCGCUACAACAAGAUGGCGACUGCUCUUAACAACACUGGCCGACCCAUCUUUUACUCUCUCUGCAACUGGGGUGAGGAUGGCCCCUGGAACUUUGCAUCUACAAUUGCCAACUCAUGGCGCAUCUCCGGAGACAUAACGAAUUCUUUCAAUCGCGAGGAUGAUCGCUGCCCGUGCACGAGCGUGGUUGAGGGCGAUUGCAACACGCAAGGAUAUCAUUGCUCAGUAGAGAAAAUUGCCAACUUCGCUGCCCCCCUCGGACAGAAGGCUGCUCCUGGCGGAUGGAAUGACCUCGAUAGCCUCGAGGUCGGCGUGAGCGUGGGCGAGGGAUUGACACUCGACGAGUCCGUCACCCACUUCACGCUGUGGAGCAUGAUGAAGAGUCCCCUCAUUCAAGGCCCAGUCUUUGCCGACCUCUCGAGCCAAGACCGUGCUGUCCUCACCAACGAGCACGUCAUCGCCAUCAACCAGGACCCUGGCUCCACCCCCGCCAUUCGCCUACAGUCAGGCAAGCAGCAAGUCUGGCAGAGCACGCUUAGCAACGACAGCUAUGCGGUGGCGCUGGUCAAUUUCGGCGAGUCCAAGUGGGACGUCGAGCUGCCCCUCUCUGAAGUCUUCUUUGACGAUCGCAAGCUGGCCAAGGCGUCGUGGACUGCGUACGACUUGUGGAGCGACACGGACUUCCAGAAUCCGCCGCGCAAGCCUGGUCAGAGCAAGUUGCAGGGUAUGAGCGUGCAGGGCAAGCUGCCGCGUGUUGAGCUCAACCCGCAUCAGACGAGGGUAUGGAAGCUCACUCCCAAGAAGCACGACGAGUUGUGAAGCGACGAAAUGUCAAGAUGAGGCUCCUUG